AUAUACGUGCUGCUACGCAUGCGUCCUCCGUAAGGUCAAGAGGAAAGAAGCAUGGCUGCUGUGUUGAGAGGGUCCCUGUGCCUAGUAGGAAGGUGCCGUAAACAUGUUGACUUUGCGUACGUUUGCACAAGGUCUAUGGCCUCAAAGACACAAGUGGGGUUUGUUGGACUUGGAAAUAUGGGAAAUCCAAUGGCAAAGAAUCUGCUGAAGCAUGGAUACCCAGUCAUUGCCACAGAUGUAUUCCCAGAGUCUUGUAAAGAGGUGCAAGAGCUGGGUGCUCAGAUUGUGGAUAAUCCUGCAGAGGUUGCAGACAAGGCAGAUCGUAUUAUUACAAUGCUUCCCUCUAGUCCUAAUGUCAUUGAUGUUUACACAGGACCCAACGGCAUUCUCAAAAAAGUUAAGAAAGGCUCACUGCUGAUUGACUCCAGCACUAUUGAUCCAUCAGUUUCUAAAGAGAUGGCGGCUGCUGCUGAGAAGUUGGGGGCAGUUUUUAUGGAUGCACCUGUAUCAGGAGGUGUGGGGGCUGCCAGUUCAGGUAAACUGACUUUCAUGGUUGGUGGAGUGGAGGAGGAAUUCACUGCAGCCAAAGAGCUUCUCAGCUGCAUGGGAGCUAAUGUGGUUUACUGCGGUCAAGUUGGAACGGGACAGGCUGCAAAAAUUUGCAACAACAUGCUUUUGGCCAUAGGAAUGAUUGGGACCUCAGAGACGAUGAACUUGGGGAUCAGACUUGGACUAGAUCCCAAACUUUUGGCCAAAAUAUUAAACAUGAGUUCAGGCCGCUGUUGGUCCAGUGACACCUAUAAUCCUGUGCCAGGGGUGAUGGAAGGAGUGCCGUCUGGAAACAACUACCAGGGAGGUUUUGGCACACAGCUGAUGGCUAAGGAUUUGGGCUUGGCACAGAACACGGCCACCAACACCAGGACUCCUGUGCCCCUCGGCUCCUUAGCCCAUCAGAUCUACCGUAUGAUGUGUGCACGCGGUUACGCCAAUAAAGACUUCUCCUCUGUGUUCCAGUUCCUGCGUGAGGAGGAGGGCCAGUAGCAUUAGCUUUCCCCUUCCCGUCCACAACGUUGCCAUGUGCCUCGCCCUGCACAGCACUAACUUAGCAGGUAGUUAGGGUGUAUUUUGACACAGAGACUUUAUUUGGCCCAAAGUUAGGAAAACAUUAAGCUCUAGAGAGCCUCAGCACAGAGAUGGGUAACUUGAGCACUUCUGUAAUGUCGGGAGCUAAAUUUCAUCUAUGAUUAAGCCUUUUUUUGUAUGAGACACUCCUUUCUGUUAUCGUCUCAUGUGAAUUGUCAUUUCCAUGCAAAGGAACAUCUGAAAACUUUUUACUUUAUUACUCUGUGAAGGCUGAACAACUACAGCUUGAUUCUAGUCGCUACAUAUUUAUCGUGUUUUAACAUUAGGUUUUUCUGUUCACGUUCGAUUUGUUACUUUUGAAAGUAUUGUCCUUUUGGAGAAUAAACACAAAUUACUCAGCCUUGA